CAGGACCGUCAGAUCAGCGGGGCGCGCAGGCGAUCGGAGUGCAUGAGCAGCGCGAUGCGCUGCUGGCCCACUAUCUAGCUAGUAACAAUUCGUUGGCGCAGCUAGCUUCAGUUGAAACUUGUUGAUCCUUAUGAUGCGAUCAAGGAGCUUCUUGAUGCGAUGCUAGCUGGCUGGCCGCUUAACUAGUUUGGGUCCUCUUUGAACGAAACCAAGGGUUUAGCCUAGUAAUAGUAGAUGUCCUCUAAAUUGAUUAUUUGAAGAGGAUUUGUCGUUGCGCUUAAGUCAAGAUGCAGGCAAAGACUAAAGGAACAAAAGCUCCAAUUAAUGUAAGAAGAACAGCUCAUGCGAUCAAUGAAAGAGAGAGGACCAGUGAUGUUUUGACUGAGGAGAACAGCAAUGUUGACUUUUCAUCCAUGUUCCUUUCCGAACAGGUGACGGCUGGCUUAUUGAAGGUGGGCUUUGAGAAACCUUCACCCAUUCAGUUGAAAGCAAUACCACUUGGAAGAUGCGGUUUAGACUUAAUUGUUCAAGCUAAAUCUGGAACAGGGAAAACGUGCGUCUUCAGUGUUAUAGCUCUUGAAGGAAUAGACCUCAGCAAUCCAUCCACCCAAGUUCUGGUUCUAGCUCCAACAAGAGAGAUUGCAGUCCAGAUUCAAGAUACUAUCCGAGCUAUAGGAUGUGAGAUGAAGGGACUAUGUUGUCAUGUGUUUAUUGGAGGUACUCUAUUCGGACCAGACAGGCAGAAAUUGAAGAAGUGCCACAUAGCGGUUGGUACACCAGGUCGUAUUAAACAACUGAUUGAGUAUGAAGUUUUAAAGACUGGAACCAUCAGGCUUUUCAUCUUAGAUGAAGCAGAUAAACUUCUUGAUAAUACAUUCCAGGAGCAGGUCAAUUGGGUGUACAACCACCUUUCUGAUAACAAACAAAUGUUAGCACUCUCUGCAACCUACCCAGAGUACCUUGCCAGUCAUCUCACAAAGUACAUGAGAGAACCCAUGUUUGUUAGACUUAAUCCAAAGGACCUUGCACUGAGAGGCAUCAAGCAACUAUAUGUGGAAUUGCCAGGACACUCUCUUCCUAAUAAGGCAUUUGAAAUCAAGGUUAUUAAACUACUGAAAAUCCUGACUCAAGUAUCCUUCACUCAAUGUCUCAUCUUUUCCAAUCUUCAGACAAGGGCUCAGAAUCUGUGUGACAUACUCUGUGAUAGUGGAUGGCCAAGUGAAUGUAUAUCAGGAGCUCAUGAGCAGUCUCAACGACUACUAGCUAUGGCUAGGCUUAAGAAAUUCCAGUGCAGGAUCCUUAUCUCUACAGAUCUAACUGCAAGAGGUAUUGAUGCUGAGAACGUCAACCUAAUCAUCAAUCUGGACAUUCCAGCUGACACCAAGACGUACCUUCAUCGCAUUGGCAGAGCAGGGCGCUUUGGAACUCAUGGUGCUGCUAUUAGUCUUGCUUCCAAGGGUAGAGAGAUUGAACUUCUCAGGAACAUUCAACGUCAGUGUAGAGUCAAAAUGACAGAACUACCAGAUCCUGCCCCAUCUGAUCUGUUGAAGCAGGAACUUCACUUGACUGGGUUUCAACAGGUUUCCAUUACACCAGAGUCUCUCGUACCAGCAAAUGAAGAUUCUACAACAGAUAUCACCACAUUUAGUCCAGAAAACAAUAUUCAAGUUAAAGGAGACACCAUACCAACUUUAACUUCAAAUGGGCUGAUGGGUGAAUAUUGUUCACACAAGGUUGGUGUCAAUGGGAGUCUUUCCAAGAUGAAAGAUUCUGACACUUUUGAUGGGAAACCAACAAAGAUUGUAGAAAGUACAGAUGACAUGGAAGCUACAUGUAUACCAAAGACAAAUAUAAGAGUUAAGGAACCACGAACUGUAGAUGUAUGUACCCAAACUUCACAGGAAGAUGUAGUGCAGCUGAAGUCCCUGACAUCACAGUUUGAAGAUGUAAGAAGUGAAGAUUACAGGGACAGACCUACAUUACCUAUAGGAUUUGAAGAUGCACCGGAAGUUAGGAAGCUCUCUCUUCUUCAGUGGUCUCAAGUCAAAAGUGGACAUGAAACAAGAAAAGCUUGUACCUGGUAUGAAAGUAAAGAAUCCUUUGAAAAGUACAUGAUAAAAAAGACUCGUCUUCAAGGGUCAGAAGGUGAAGGGGUAGAUGAAAUGACAAAAGUCAUCGAGCACAGUGAUAAUGAUGUCCAUGAGAUUGUAUGUGAUAGUCAUGACAUUAUUCAAAAAAAGUUCCAGGGUUUAACACCCACUGAUGAGAUAGAAAUAUACAGGGCUCAACUAUACAAUUCAUUUAUGAUGUGCAGUCACUUGGGAAAACGAGACAUCUCUAAAAUUGAAAUCGAAAAUAGUGAGGAGGCAACAGUCACUGUAAGAGAAUCAAAAGAGACAGAGUAUAUGGAUAAUGUGACUUCUGUAUUAGAUGUUUCUUCAGGUGGUAUCAAAAGAAAGGGAAUGGAAAACAAGCAAGAUGAUACUCUGACAGAGUAUACUUCAGAGACAACCAAAGACAAUCAAGAAAGUGAGGAGAAAAUCACUGUUAACCAGGAUGAUAGUUCAGGUAUGCUUCUUCAUCAAGUCUCUAAUCCACUAGAUAGUCAACCUAAAAAUAAACCCGAGAUAAAGACUAAACCAAAGGUUGUGAGUACUGUUGGAUGGAAGAAGAAAGGGAAACAGCAAAGAAUCAAACAUCAUAUUUUCCAGAUGAGUACCCUUGGUGCUCUGAUGUCUCCUAAAGAACUUGAUAUAGCUCUUGUUAGUAAUCUAACUGCAAGCUUGUGUGAUGGUGAUAUGGACACUGAUACUGACAAACAAAAAGUUCACAAAUUAUACAUGACACAUCAAGGUCAGCAGAACAAAGCUGAAUGUGAAGAAAGUCCAAUAUCAGACCUGAGUGAAAGAGAAACUUUGAAAAUUGAACAAGCAACUCCUUUAGUUCAAGAAAACAUUCCCUUAGAAAAGGAUAGCUCUACUUCCACGGUAAAUGACCCAGUGUGGGCCAUUUUCAAGAAUUACAUUCCAGCAUCUCUUCCACCAGAAGCUGUCAGAAAGGACAACACACUGUCCGAAACUGGAGAAUCUUCAUCAGAUCAGUCAUCAAGCAGUUUGUGUGAAAGUGAUACAAGCACCUGUAGUACAUCGUCAAGUGAAGCUGAAUGUGCAAGCAGUGGCACAGAUGCAGAAGAUAAAGAAUACAUCAAGGAUACUUCUGAUAACAACCACAGGAGUAAAGGGAAGAACCCUGGUACAAGACAUCACUACACAAACCAAGUUAAAGUGAAGGUGAAGGAUCAUUCUAACACCAGUGAUGGAUUUGCAUACAAUGAAGAUUCUGAGAGACAUGUUAAAUAUCAUAAUCCAGAUAUUUCUAGUAAUCAGUCAAGUAAUGUAGAUGGCUGGCAGUACAAUGAAAGCUAUUAUGCCACUGCUCCAGUAACUGGAUACCAUGGAUGGCAUUAUCCAGGUUAUUCUCAGCAUUAUUGGAAUGACUAUUAUAAUGAAUAUCAACAACCAUACACACACUAUUCCUAUUUAACUUCUUUAAGGUGAAUAUUCUUGAAAAGGAAGUCCUCUAGUAAAAUAUGGCAUGUCAUAUGGAGGUUCCAUAAAAUCAUGAAAUAAUUGAUUUUUUAAAAGAAAAUAUGUAAUUGCAAUUGUUGGCAAUGACAACCAUAUUUAUUUCUUCAAAUUGAUGAUUAGAGGUCUGUAUGAUGCAGUGGCAGAAAAAAAAUUAUGUGUAGACAAUAAUUAACCCUUCAGUAAUUUACAGUUUCCAACAAAGACAGAGUGACACCUCUUUGCUGGGACAAAAGUUUAUUGUGAGUAGGAUCUAUAAGUACAUAUCUGUAAAUUUUACCUCUAUUGGUCUAGCAACAGUUUGUUUAGUGGUGCUUAAGUAUAAAGUGAAUUUGACAACAAACUAUGCAAUGGUCAGUUAUCAGCUUUAAUUUUAUUCACCCAAUGACAUAUGCAAAUCAUGUGUAUUUAUACUAAGUUCACACUGCCAAUCAGGUGAACUUGAUUAAAGGGAUGGUCUAGGCUGGAGAUAUCUUUAUCUCAAUAAAAAUAGCAAAAUUCACAGAGCAAAACGCUGAAAAUUUGAUCAAAAUUGGAUAGCAAAUAACAA